AUGGCCAAAAAGAAGGUUUCCAAGACUGAAGAAAUCAAGUUUACGUUCCCAAAUGAUUUAAGAAUACCGUCUAGAGGAUUUUUACCGACUCCAAAUGUCGUUUCUGAGGAUCAAAUCAUCACCAUAACCAAGUUUUUCAGUCCUGAAUUUUGCAAUGAACUCAUCAAAUCAUUCACAACUAGUUUGAAAUUAGAGACAACUCCAUUGAUUAAAAGCAAAGAUUAUGCUGUCAGGGUUAAUGACCGUGCCUUGGUGGAAAGUUCCAAUACGGCUGCUAAUCUUUGGGGAUAUUUACAGAAAGUGCUUCUUUAUGAAUACAAUGAUGAAUCAAUAUUGAGUGAAUUUCAAACAGCGAAAGGUCUAAACCCUCAAUUGAGAAUAUACAGAUACACAAAAGGACACCAUUUUGGCCAACAUUAUGAUGAAAGUGUUAGAGUGAAUAAUUCAGAGCUGAAAGGAGAAACUAAAUGGACGUUGUUGAUAUACUUAACUGGAGAUGAGGAAUUUAUUGGUGGUGAUACUAUAUUUUAUCCAAUAAAUAAAAGAGAUGAUCCGAUAAAUGUUCAUCCUUCCAAAGGGACAGCUCUAUUGCAUAAACAUGGUGAUGAUUGUUUGCUUCAUGAGGCACAAUUAGUCAGGGAUGGUGUUAAAUGGGUUCUAAGAAGUGAUGUGGUAUUUUAA